UGAGAAGAUCAAAUGAAAGUAUAUGAGACACUGUCUAUAACUGGCAUGCACAGACCAUGUGCAUGUCCAACUUUUCUUAAUAUACUUUUUAUGUAGAAUUAUAUUUCUUUAUUGGAUUAUGAUACUAUCCUGUGUACUAAAAUGAACCAAGUCUAGCUGAUAGAAAAAGACUAAAAGUCAGACUAAGUUAUAGCCAGCUUGAAAGAAAUGGCAAAUCAUUCCUGAUUUCAUCACCAGACUUCCUUCAUUCUGCAAAAGUGGAACUUUAUUGGAUCUGUCUAGCUUCCUUGGCCUGGGUUUUAUAAGAUACAGUCCCAAAUCAUCUCAGCAACAACAAACCUUCACCAGUGAGUCACAGGGGUACAAUCAUAUCAAGGAACCGUCUUAAAAAGAGUCGGCAAGAGCAACAUUAUCUCCCCUUGAGACAACUUCAGCUUUAUCUUUAUGAGCGCCAUCUUGUUUCGGGCCUAAUACCUUCUGCGCAUGCGUCAUAUGUCCGGGCGGCCGGUACACAGGUGACAACAUUUCUCCCUCAUACAAGGUGUUUACCUUCCUCAUGGCUCGGGUCUUUGUUUAUGGCACCUUGAAGAAGGGGCAGCCCAACUACUCUCGACUGUUUGAAAGCAGAAAUGGAAAAGCAGAGUUCCUGGCCUCUGCAUUCACCACCCAGAAAUACCCGUUAGUGAUUGCUGGCAAGUUCAACAUCCCUUUUCUCCUCAACCUCCCCGGACAGGGCCACAGAGUCCAUGGGGAGAUCUACAAAGUGGACGACCAGAUGCUGAAAUUCCUGGACGACUUUGAGAGCGUCCCCACCAUGUACCAGCGGACUAUGGUCGAACUGGAGGUGAAGGAGUGGAUGGGAAAGACGGACGGAGAGGAGAAGCCGUCGCCAGGAAGCAUCGCAGAGGCUUUUAUGUACAGCACCACAACCUACCAGUCUGAGUGGCCCACGCUGCCCAGCUAUGAGAGCUACGACUCGUACGGAGAUCAUGGCCUCAAUUAUGUGACCAGAGAAGCUCGAGACUGAUGAAGCUUGCUGCACUGACAUAAAAAAGUGAUCACCUGACUUGUACCUCUGUGCAAAUGAGCCUCCAUUUAUUGUGGAGAGCACACUAAUACCCUCAUUGUUUCACGUAGUCACACUAUAAGGUCUUCACAUCAGGAAACAUUAAGAAUUAAGACAAAUAAAUUCUUCUAGAGGCAGAAAAGAGAGUAGAAUAUAGUUAAGAUGGAUUUUAACCUAUUGUUAUGAUUUUGAAUCACUUAAAAGACUAUUCAGAACAAACCAGGAAGUCUCAACGUUGGAGUAAAUACUGUAGUAUGAAAUUUAUUUUUAAAAACAGCCCAAACCCAGGAACAAGAAAACAUUCCUGAAGCUCAUCUCCAAAUAUCUGAUUCUUUUAAAGCUUGACUUUAAAGUUAAAUAUCAUAAUAUAACAUUUUUCCUCCUUUAUUUAAGAUAAAUGGAUUAAACAUUCUGCUAUAACGGUGCAAAUGAAGAUCAAGACCAAUUUUAACCCGUUUCAGUGAAUAGUGAAUGAUUGGUGAGGCUGGCAAAGAUUAGUAUUUGGAGCACAGUUUUAUGACUUUGCAAACUCCUAUUAACUUUAUAAAUUGGAGAGGAGAAGCGGGCCAUGAAUUAAAAAGGUUCUGCGAGUUGUGAUUUAAUCACUAAGUGGUGAGAUGUAAUUAUUUACAGGUUUUUAAUGAAACACCUCACAUUGAGAGAUGUUCCACUGUGAAUAUUUUCCAAGGGCAAUGGUUAAUCUUCCGCAUGUCUUACAUGGUUUCUCAUUAGCACUAGAAAUGUUCUUUAAGUUAACUCCGGCUUAACUAAGCAACUCGCUUCAGGAAAUUCAGCCUCUGUGGCAGAGAGUAAAAAAUAGCUCAACUCAAUUCACUGGACUGCUUUUCUAGCUUGUAAGUUUUUAACAAUAUCACUGAUUCUUUUUUUUUUAUAAUUUCUUGGCAAACAAACAAAGAGAACUGCUGUUGUGUCUUUAGAUAAAACAGUUGUUUCUGUGAAAUUAAAAGAUAGUGGAAGUUU